AUGCGCAAAUCGCUGCCGCGCAUUGAACUGCCGCAAUUCUCCGGUGACUACGCCGAAUGGCCAGCUUUUCGGGAUCUGUUCCACUCCAUGGUGGACAAGGACUCACUAUUGGAGAACGUGGAAAGGUUCUAUUACCUCAAGACUAGCUUGAAAGGAGAAGCAAGCCUGCUCCUCCGCAAUUUGCCGACCACGGCCGAGAGCUACACUCGGGCGUGGGAGAUCCUUACGGAGCACUACCCAAACAAGCGAUUGCUGGUCCGCUCUUGCUUCGCUGCCUUCACUUCACAGCCGAAGAUGAAGGGGGAAGCAGCGAGCGAGUUGCGGAAAGUAUUCCACGGAAUGCUGCAUACCAUGGGCUCCCUGGAAUCAAUCGGACGGCCAGUCACGAGCUGCAGUGACUUGUUCGUCCAUCUUAUCGUCGAACUGCUCGACACCCGCUCGCGGCGCGAGUGGGAAAUUGCGGUCAGCGGAACCACGAAUCCGCCCUCGAUUGACACUCUGAAGGAAUUCCUGGAGUGUCGGAAAGAGCACUUCCUUGCCUUCUGCGAGAAGUUUCGCAGUAAAACGCUCUCUGAAAAAAGGGACUUUGUCGUUCAGCACAAACUGUGCAUGAAUUGCUUCGGCAAACACGCCGUUGCCGAUUGCUCGUCAAAGCGGAAUUGCGCCGCUUGUCAGGAGCGUCACCACAGCAGUAUCCACGAUGUGUGCGCUAAAGCUGCCACAACGAUCGCCGCGGCCCCCAUUUCUCUCCACGCAGGACAGACCAAGGGCCCGUCGUCUGGGCCCUGGUUCUUCCGCGGAUUACACGGUACGAGGCACGCGCAGAAACCUCGCGCUCUCGAUGGGAGCACCUGGAGGGCCUUCCACUCGCAGACCCGGAUGGUCAAGCAGAUGGAGCCAUCGCCUUGCUUCUCGCCGCGGACGUCUACGCCUCCAUCAUCGACGAAGGAAUUCGGAAGGGAGGUGUGGGAGCUCCAAUUGCACAAAAAACGUCGCUGGGGUGGCUAG